AUUUAAAAAAUAAAUAAAAUCGCUUGUUAUACAUAUGGAGGUAUGGCAGUUUAAAACGCGUGUGUGUAAACAUACCAGUACGCGACAUGUAUUUAAGUGGGUGUUCUAUAUAAGUUUCGGGUAUUUUGUAGCACUCCAGAUUUUAAUUUGAUAAUUUAAUUUCUUUGUGUCUUUCAUGUAUACAUACAUAGUGUACAAAAAACGCGGAAGUUAUGUAUAACUCUUUUCUCUUCACAACACUUUAGAAGCUGAUUAAUAACUUGAACAGUUUUCCUGUAUACUUUCAGUUUCUAUUGGAUUUAUUUCAUUUCAAAGUGUACUUUCGAAUUUAAAAUUAAUUUUUGUUUGCUCUAAAAUCUAAGUGAAACAAUGGCACUGACGGGCCCCGUGGAGACCCCUGUCACCUUUAACACGAUCUAUGAGGUGGACGAUCUGGUCAAAUUUCUAACCAAAUGUCAGAUGGAUUUGGACACAAGGUUCGAUGUGAUAAGCGGGAUGAUAAAGAAUAUUGAGCUGAAUGAAUGCGGACAUAUUAGGUUUGAUAAUAUAAGAAGAAUGCUGGAAAACGCGGUGACGCUUUGCGAAGACAUUGCGCUUUCUAUGGGGAAAUUUACAAAAGGCUUGAUAGAGAAAAAGCUAAUCAAACGUAAUACAAGUUUGCCACAGCUGAACAUAAAAGGCAAUUCCAUGACUAAAAAUCGAGACAGUGGAGUAGCAUCUGAUCAAGCAUCUUCAAGGUGGAGUUUGGCCUCAGAUAUAUCAUUUCGACAAUCAGCAAAUCGCCUAUCAGUAUUUGAUGAGGAAUUGUCUGAGGCUAAAACUCAAAGGCAAGUUAGCUUUGGUCUCAUGACACCAAGUUCGUCAACAGAUGUCUUAGAGGAACACAAAUGCGUAGACGUCGAAUCACUUCCGGCAGAAACAAACGAAAAGUCACAUCCGGUUGACACAAACAACAAAUCACUUCCGGCAGACGCAAACGGCAAUUCAAUUCAGGCCUUAAAGCAAAACAUGAGCAAGGUGUACGUUCAUUUAAUACCAGCUGACCCUACAAUGGACCUCUCAGCUGUGCUGACAGAGUUGUUGAACUUGUCAUUGUCCUUGGCCCCUGAAAAUGUGAAGCUAGAGUUUGUGACGUCAGAUGCAUUCACUGGUUUACCGUCUCGCAAUGUAUCUACAUCUUCCGAUAGUCAAAAUUCAGGGCGGAAUCGUUUCAAAUCAUCUAAUGAAUCGUUAAGUGUAUUAGCAUUCAACAACUUGUCAAGGUUUGCUGUUGAAAACUCCGACAUUUCUGAUGAAGACAACCGAUCUAUCAGACUAAUCUCCAGCUCGGAUAGUGAAACAAGCGUCAAACGGUAUCACCUAAAGCCAGUUAUUGAGAAAAAGUCCGUGGAAACACAAACCGAAUGAAAAGGGUACACGAUGAUGAUUUGGUACAAGAAGGGAUUCGUGUUUAUCUUGAAAAAGGCCUCACUGAAUAAAUAGUGAAUAACUUUCAGAAGAUACAGAAAAAUCCCAUCCAUAUGGUGAUUUACACAGGAAGCGCUGAGUGCGGUUUGGUAAUGGCGAAGAGUUACUUGUUGAGAUAGGCAAAUUUAUAUGCACUCUUUUAUAAUCAAUUCUUUGGUGUGUGUAGUAGUAGUAGUUUUAUUUAGCACAAGUGUACAUAACAUGCCAAAUUUAAAACAAAUGACAAAUUGAUGCAUAAUGAUACAUAUAACAAUGGUGAAAUUGAUCAGACUAGAAAUAUGGCAUGACAUAGAUAAAUUAUAUGAAAUAAAUGCCAUGUAAUGCACAUUAUAAAACAAGAAGAAAGAAAGGAUUCCUCUUAUUUCCAGUGUGUGUGUUGUGGGGGGGGGGGGGGGGGG